AUUAGCCCAUACGGCGACCUCGCGACGACGCUGCGAGGCAGAGCUGUCGACUCGUCGCUGGUAGGCGAAGCUGGAGACUCGCCGCCAUGCCAGCAGUCGUGAGCUCAGACCAUGCAGAUGAGUCUCUAAACCAGUCCAGCAGCGCUGCGGACGCGCACCGCUGCAUCCGACCCGAGGAAAUCGAGCAGCAUCGGUCGAAGGAGAGCUUCUGGUGCGUCGUUGAUGGGUUUGUCGUCGACGCGACCGCAUUUAUCGACACGCAUCCCGGCGGGCUGCGCAAGCUCAUGAGUACGGACGACGCCGGCAUUGGCGCCGGGCCGGACCGCUUCUCGUUCUCGUUCUCGCGAGGCCGAAACGCGCACUUUCCAGACACGGGCCGCCGCUUCGCCGACGGCGUCCAGCGCUACCUGCGCGACGGGCACGCGACCAAAAUCAAAUUCCCGCCGCACGGGAACCUGAUCAUUCUAGGACGGCUG